GGAGUUCGGGCCACGUGGGGUCUCGUGACGUCAUCUCCGGGCGCCGAGGGUGACUGGACUUGUGGUGCGCUUCCAGGGCUCCGCAGCGUUGCCGGUUGUGUUCGCUGGAUACCGGAGGGCGGAAGUGCAGCAGGGUUCGGCUCCGACCUCCGCGCGGGUGCUUUUUGCGGCUGCGCGGCCUUCCUGGAGUCCUGCUACCGCGUCCCCGCAGGACAGUGUGUCAGGCGGGCAGCUUGCCCCGCCGCCCCACCGGAGCGCGGAAUCUGGGCGUCCCCACCAGUGCGGGGAGCCGGAAGGAGGAGCCGUCGCUUGGAGUAGGUUUGGCUUUGGUUGAAAUAAGAAUUUAGCCUGUAUGUACUGCUUUAAUUACUGGAAGAAUGACAGAUGACAAAGAUGUGCUUCGAGAUGUGUGGUUUGGACGAAUUCCAACUUGUUUCACGCUAUGUCAGGAUGAGAUAACUGAAAGGGAAGCAGAACCAUACUAUUUGCUUUUGCCAAGAGUAAGUUAUUUGACGUUGGUAACUGACAAAGUGAAAAAGCACUUUCAGAAGGUUAUGAGACAAGAAGACAUUAGUGAGAUAUGGUUUGAAUAUGAAGGCACACCACUGAAAUGGCAUUAUCCAAUUGGUUUGCUAUUUGAUCUUCUUGCAUCAAGUUCAGCUCUUCCUUGGAACAUCACAGUACAUUUUAAGAGUUUUCCAGAAAAAGACCUUCUGCACUGUCCAUCUAAGGAUGCAAUUGAAGCUCAUUUUAUGUCAUGUAUGAAAGAAGCUGAUGCUUUAAAACAUAAAAGUCAAGUAAUCAAUGAAAUGCAGAAAAAAGAUCACAAGCAACUCUGGAUGGGAUUGCAAAAUGACAGAUUUGACCAGUUUUGGGCCAUCAAUCGGAAACUCAUGGAAUAUCCUGCAGAAGAAAAUGGAUUUCGUUAUAUCCCCUUUAGAAUAUAUCAGACAACGACUGAAAGACCUUUCAUUCAGAAGCUGUUUCGUCCUGUUGCUGCAGAUGGACAGUUGCACACACUAGGAGAUCUCCUCAAAGAAGUUUGUCCUUCUGCUGUUGAUCCUGAAGGGUCUCUCACUUGUUACCCAUGCUGGAGUGCAGUGGUGCCAUCACGGCUCACUGUAGCCUCGACCUCCUGGGCUCAGGCAAUCCUCCCACCUCAGCCUCCCAAGUAGCUGGAACUACAGGCAUGCACCACCACGCCCAGCUAAGCUAAUCUUUGUUUGUUUGGUUGAGUUUUUUUAUUUUUUGUAGAGAUGGGGUCUGUUUCCCAAGCUGGUCUCAAACUCCUGGGCUCAAGCGAUCCCCCCACCUUGACCUCCCAAAGUGCUGGGAUUACAGACGUGAGCCACCACUCCUGGCCUGUUUUCUUUUAUUGGUUUUGAUAUUGCUAAAAUGUCCUUCAUACUUUGUUGUUAUUUAUGGUACCAUGAAUUAAGGAUAGCAUAUACAUUUGGCUUAUCUGGAAACAUUUUUUACUUUGUUGUUUUAAUAACCAAAGCAGUCUUUACAGGUAGAGUUAUUCUACAUGGUAGGGCUGGCUAUCAGAAAGCAUUCCAAAAACAUUAAUUUUGACAGUAUAAUUCUACCAGCAACAAUAUUAUCCCAGCUAUGAGAAUAUUUAUUAUCUAAUUACUGUAUAUGUCAGGUACCGUGCUAGGCACUGGGGACAGAGUAACGAAUAAGAGAGAAACUUCGGUUUGAAGUUUCAAGGGAACUGCUGUCCUAUUCUAAGAAUCCCUCUGUUUAAAAUUGUGUUAUUGAGGCAAGUCAGAAAAUAAACAAAAUACAUAAAUGCCGGUGAAAUAUUUGGACAUAUGUAGGCAGUGACAAAAUAGUAUAUUUAAAACCUUAAACUGUUCUGUUGAGGGAUAUGACUGUCUUAGAUUCUUUCCUUAGUUACUUAAAUUUAGUUAGUGACACUUUUAUGUUAUAAAUUAAAAGUGGCCCCAGCUUCUAAACCAGAGAAUCAGUGCUACUUAUUCAGGGUUUGGGUAAGGGGAUUUAUUAGGCUUGUUACACAGUGUUUGAAUAGUGCUUUUGUCCUCCAGAUUCUGUUGUACAACUCAUAAACUCCAACAAUCCUUUUGUAACAUGGUUGGUCUUUUGCCUUUCAGAUACACUGUGCAUCAUCAGUGGAUUGUUUACCAUAUUGUAUUUGCUCCCAUGUUUAAAUAUUGCUUUAGAUAUAGUACUUUGGAUACUGAGUUGUGACUUGUUUCUUCUGCUGUUUCAUGGUAUACAAAGGUGACUGGCUUAAGGAAAAACUUUAGAGAUAAGGAACUUUUACUCUUACACCACUAUUCUUUCAUUUUUUGUCUCAGUGCUAAGUAGGAGGAAGAUUCUGAGAAUAUUAAAAUAUUUCAAAGAAAUAUAAGAAUAUGAAGAGAAUUAUACCGGAAAUGUUUUCAAAUAUUCUAAGAAAGAUUUAAUACAGUAAAGCUUUAGCAAACUAGAACUUACAAGCAAUGAAUCAUUCCAGAUAGCUGAGGGUUUCUCCAUUUGAAUACCAAUGUUUAAAAAAUCUUCCCAAAGUACUGCUACUAUGCUUUCUAUAGUAUUCUGUAUAUAGCUUAGUAUUUCAUUAUGAAAACAAAUCAUUGUAUUAACACUAUGGUCACAACUGUGUCAAAAAUUAUGUAUAGAUACAACAAAGAAAAAAUAAAGCAUUUUUUUAGGCUGGUAGUAUUAUAAAGUGAUACCUUUUUUCAAAAUUGUUUCAAGCUAUGGCACAGUGAUUUGGGAGUUUGGAAUGUUUUAUUUGGUUAUCUUUGGAAUUGUUAGUAUGCUAAGUUUUUAUUUUUCACAUUCUUUUAUCAGCUCUGUAGUAUUUUGUGUCCUCUGUUGACUGUCACCUCCUGGGACUGUGCUGUGCCUCUAACAGGAAGUCUAAAUAUUUCUUUAAAAGGGUCUCUUGUUUCAGGUGCCAGCCAAGUCAUUAUCACCAUACAUCAUCAGCUCAUUUUGCCCAGACCUUAGAGCACUUACAGAUUCAAAAGUCAUUUUGAACAGAGCAGAAAGGAAAACGUAGGGUAUUUCUCCUUUAUAGAGUUCCUUGAUUCCCUGUUUCCUUGUUGUCUUCUGUCACCAGGAAGCUGAGGGGUUUAGACAUCGUAUUUUGAAGAGAAGGUAAAGGAGACAAACCCAGAAUUGUGCUAAAGGAAUAACACAAAGUUUCUUGAUGGUUCUAUUUUUUUUUUCUUUUUCAUUAGAGGAGUUUGGCUUUGCUUUGUUUUUCUAUGACAAAAAUCUUUAUAUUUACCUUAAAAGUUGUCAGUACAACACACCAAAAUCAUGAAAAACACAAAAUCUUAAGUUUAAUUUGGAAUACAAUUGAAUUUAAAAGAAAGGUGUAAAUUUCAGCCCCCUUUUAAUUAGCAAGUGGAUGUUAACAAAAAUCAGUCAGGCUUUGUAACUCUAAAACAGGAAUCCCUGAGUCAGAUUCGUAAUCCCUUCUCAUUAAAAUUUUAACUGUUAUUCAAAUAGUAUCUCUAAGACAUUUUGAUACAUACUUGAAUGCUUUACUGAAAACAACUAAAGCUCACCUGUGUCUUAUUAAACAUCUCAAAUACUGAUCUGAUUCUUGAUUUCUAGUCACAUUUCUAUUUUACAUUUUCAAAAUAUGUAUGGACCUACUUCGUGUACUUGUCAUUUUUAAUAACCAUAUAGUACAGUUUUUAAUGUAUAACUAAAAUAAAUUUUGGUCAUUGGUACAAUGGGCUGUUUUUGCCACUACAGUUUCAUUAACGUCAAUCUUAAGUAAGCACAGUAAUUAAGAAAGAAGUAAUACUUUCACAUACAGCAACAGAAUUUUUAUCAGAAUAUAUUGUAACCCUCAGGUUUCUGUUUUGGGUGAUACAUACUGCAACAUUUGAACUUUCUCCAUGUCCACAUUUCCUGUUCAGGGGACAAAACAGGUUUAAAAUCCAUUUAAUGCACUAAGGAUUCUCAAAAGGCACCAGAUUAUUUUUUCUUUAACUGUUUUGACUUUUAUUGUUGUUGGAUUUCUUUC